AUCCACCCGGCCACUAUCAAUCGAUCAGAGAGUGGAAGAUGGGGGUAAAUCGAGUCUGUGGGGCUAGAUCGAUCACCGAAAAACUCGAUUGAAGGAAUUCAACGGAUUGUGUUAAAAUAGUACAAAACAACACCAUAACAAGCGUUUGGAGCGGGGAAUUCAGCGAUCAUCAAGAGGAUGGACUUUCCAUGGCACAGUGGCAAGGUUUUGGAACAGCUCAACCACCAGCGCCAGCUGGGACUGCUGUGUGACUGUACCUUCGUGGUGGACGGGGUGGACUUCAAGGCCCACAAGGCCGUGCUCGCUGCCUGCAGCGCCUACUUCCACACCCUCUUUCUGGACCAGAAGGAUGUGGUGCACCUGGACAUCAGCAAUGCAGCAGGUCUGGGCCAAGUCCUUGAGUUCAUGUACACGGCCAAGCUGAGUCUGAGUUCUCAGAAUUUAGAAGAUGUGGUGGCAGUGGCCACGUUCCUUCAGAUGCAGGAGAUAGUCAAUGCCUGCUCUGCUUACCAGUCGCUGGCUGUCUCCACAACAUCCCAGUCAAUACAAGACUUAAAUGACAACAAGAUUGAGGAAGGAGAGCAGAACAUAGAGAAGGAGCCAUCAGAGACAUGGUCACAUGACGAGGAGAUGCUAAAAACAGCAGAUGACGGAGGGUCAAAGGGCGUUCAGGAGGACCCGAACGAGACCACCCCAGACGAUGGACAGAUCAACAGUAAGACCCCCGACAAACCCAACCCACAGACCCCGGGGAGAGGAAGACCCUCCAAAACCUCCAACUACGCCGCACCAAGAAAAGCCACAGCAGAGAGAGAGGAGAUGGAGGUGGAGAGCCCUACUAAAGAUGUGCCUGAGUGUCAAGAUGACCACUCGGAUGCGGACUACACUCCCAAGUUUCCAUUCAAGUCUGAAGCCGGUAUAUCUAACAUGAGUACCAGGAGAAGAAGGACAAGGAGAGCUCCUCAUCGCAACCACUCUCAGGAUAAUGACUCCGAUGAGGGGAACAGCACAUCAAAGACGGUAAAUGAAGAAAAAGAGGUUGAAGAGGGUGAGAUGGAGGAGGAUGAAGAAGAGGGAGGUGGUGAGGAGGAUGAAGAAGAGGAGGAGGAUGAGGGAGAAGAUGGCCAGGGGACGGAGAGUGGAGAGGAGAGGAAGCAGCUAGAGUUGGGUGCCGUCACUGACCGCACCGAGUCACGGUCCUACGGCUCUGUGACGCACAAGUGUGAGGACUGUGGAAAGAAGUUCACCCACACGGGUAACUUCAAAAGACACAUCCGCAUUCACACAGGAGAGAAACCAUUCAGCUGCCGUGACUGCCACAAGGCCUUCUCAGAUCCGGCUGCCUGCAAGGCUCACGAGAGAACACACAGCCCCCUGAAACCCUACUGCUGCUCCUCGUGUGGGAAGAGCUACCGGCAGAUCAGCCUGCUCAACCUGCACCGGAAAAGGCACACAGGCAAGGCCCGAUACAGCUGCAAGGACUGUGGCAAGCUCUUCACCACGUCUGGCAACCUGAAGCGCCACAUUCUGGUGCACAGCGGCGAGAAGCCGUAUCACUGCAACUACUGCGACCGGGCCUUCUCCGACCCCACCGCUAAGAUGCGCCACCUGGAGACCCACGACGCAGACAAGGGCCACAGCUGUCCACACUGCGAUAAGCGGUUCAACCAGACUGGGAAUCUAAAGGCUCACCUGAAGAUCCACAUCACAGACGGCCCUCUGAAGUGCAAAGAGUGUGGCAAACAGUUCACCACUUCCGGGAACCUGAAGAGACACCUGCGUGUGCACAGUGGGGAGAAGCCCUAUAUCUGUAUGCACUGCCAGAGAGCUUUCGCUGACCCAGGGGCACUGCAGAGACACGAGCGCAUACACACAGGGGAGAAGCCGUGUCUGUGCCGGAUCUGUGGGAAGGGGUUCACCCAGGCCAGUUCACUCAUUGCUCAUGUCCGCCAGCACACCGGAGAGAAGCCCUAUGUCUGCGACCGCUGUGGCAAAAGGUUUGUCCAGUCCAGUCAGCUGGCCAAUCACAUCCGUCACCAUGAUAACAUCCGGCCACACAAGUGUCACAACUGCAAAAAGGCGUUUGUCAAUGUCGGGGACCUCUCCAAGCAUAUCAUCAUUCACACAGGAGAGAAGCCCUUCCUGUGUGAUAAGUGCGGUCGCGGGUUCAAUCGUGUCGACAAUCUACGCUCCCACGUCAAGACCGUCCACCAGGGUAAGGCUGGGAUGAAGCGCCUGGUGGUUGCCGGGGGUGACAGUGAUGACGGGGGUGACGGGUUCCAUGGUGGGUCGGCCUCGGAGAUGGACGAAAAUGAGAUCAACAUAGUCACUGUCACCACCGAGGACAUCGUCACCCUGGCGACGGAGGCCCUGGCUGGCAGCACUGUGUCCCAGCUGACAGUGGUGCCUGUGGCUACAUCAGUGUCAGUAGAUGAGACGGAGGCUCUGAAAGCUGAGAUUGCGAAGGCUGUGGAGAAGGUGCAGGAAGCAGACCCCAACACUCAGAUCCUGUAUGCAUGCGACUCUUGCGGUGACAAGUUCCUGGACGCCAGCUCACUGGCCCAACAUGUGCGAAUCCACACCGCCCAGGCCCUGGUCAUGUUCCAAGCUGACUCUGACUUCUACCAUCAGUACACCGCAGCUGCCACCACUGUGGGGGAAGAUGUUACCACAACCUGGCAACCCACUUCCGAGCAGGUUAUCCAGGGAGGGGAGCUCGUCUUCCACACCCGAGAGGUUGAGGCGGAAGGGGAUGAGGUGACUCAAGAGGAGGGAGGAGAGGUGGUGGCCCAAGCUGACCCCCAGCUAGAGGAGGAAGAUGAGGCUGUGACAGAAGAAGGACAAGGAGAAGAGAUGGAGUGUGGAAUGUGCAGUGAUGUGGCACUCAAGAAUAAAAAUAAAAUGCAAAGCAGUCAAGUUCUUACUGGGGUCUGACAAUACCUCAUACGAAGCUGCCAGUCUCUGGUUCUCUCUGAGUCUCUGCAUCAGUGACAUGAACAUCUGUGUCCAAAGUUUGGGAAGAAACUGUUUGGCUUGUUUUUUGGACAUUGUAUAAAGUUCAAUUAUACAUAUAUAAAGAAAGAAGCAAAACACAUUGCUAUAGGCCUAUCUGUGUGUUUUACCAUUACCUUGAAAAUGUGUUUAGAGUUAAACAAGUUUGUUAUUUGGUGUUUUUUAAAUUUUUUAUGUGGCAUGUGGCCCACGAUGCACACUGAAAUUCUUAAUGUGGCAGCCCGGGGAAAAUUAUUGCCCACCCCCCCUGCUGUACAACAUUCAAACUGGGGACCAUUGAAUGCAGGGGUCAGUUUUUGGCCCCCCAUAAUUUUUUUAAUGCAAAAUGUCCCAAAAGUAAUGUCCCAAGAAGGAAGUUACCCCAUCUAAAUAAUGCAAAAGGUAUAUUAACUUCAAUUAUUGAAGAGAGGGCAGGAGACAGUCAACUAAAAAGGUAAGCGGGCAGACAGCUUUGGAGGGCUGAAAAGUGAAGCGGUGGCCUCGACAAUCAAAGCUGGACUGCAAAUGGUGUUGAAAGUCAUGAGUAGCCUAAUUAAUUUCAACAAUCUUCUUCAUUAGACUUAACAACAAGAGGGCUUUGUUGGAGCCUAUGUCUUCCUAUUUAAAAAAAGAGGUAUGCUAUCCGACGCCUCGGUUUUAAUUAAUUAAUUGAAAUAAGGCUAUUGUUUUGGGGCACAAGGGGGAAGAUGGAUUCUAAUCUAGAUAACUGGCAAAGUGUAUUUUGGGUCGUAUAAAAUAAGAAUAUAGCUUUUCAUGAACAAUAUAUUUUUAAGUUAAUGUAUUUAUCCAGCUCAACUUCAAGAAAGAACCUGAAAAAAUGUUCGUCGAAUGCCAGCAAGAAACUGGGAAAGCACUGGACACAACCAGACCGAGUCAGUUCAGUGCUCUGAGCAUUGUCAAUCAGCGGCCACUAAAUCAAAUCCAACAGUCACCCACCUAAUCCAGAUAGCCAUUUCUAUUUGUAAUGUUUUUUUUUUAGUUAACUAGGCAAGUCAGUUAAAGGUAAUGGGUGUGAGUUAACACCAUCCCUUCAGACUCUAUGAACAGACAGAGACCGAAGAUGAAACUGAGACACGCCAGUCAUAAUUCUUUAGAAUUUGGGGCGGGGCUGUGAUCUGGUCUGCUUAUUGUCCUUGCCUCGCGGAAAAGUUGCCCUUUUAACAAAAUGUCUGGUCAAGGGAGCCUCCUCUGCGGGGUGGGAUAUUUUUGUUAUCCGUAAUCUUUGGCCUGUCUGAUGUUUGUCUCAAUCAAAUCAUCCCAGACCCCUCCCAUAUACUCCAUCCAGAGUUACAGCCUCUCUCCUCAGUCUAUGCAGUUCCUCUAUGGACAGUUAAUAUAUUAAGACCCAGUAUUCAUUCAUUAGUAUUUGAUUUUCUGUUUGUUUCUUUAAAUAGGAAGUAAGCAGACGAAGCCAUGUGGCCAUAAAGAUGUAUGCCUAAUUGGUAAAUCUAGGAAGUCUAGAUAUUGUUACGUAUUCGGUACAUAAUAUAGAGAAUGCAAACAAAUACUGCAUUCAACUCAUCCGUGCACAAUUCAAAGUUGCUUAGGGAUCUGACCCUUUUUUUAAAUUUUCGCAUAAAAUGACAUACCCAAAUCUAACUAACUGCCUGUAGCUCAGGACCUGAAGCAAAGAUAUGCAUAUUCUCAAUACCAUUUGAAAGGAAACACUGAGGUUUGUGGAAAUGCGAAAUUAAUGUAGGAGAAUACAACACAUUAGAUCUGUUAAAAGAUAUUACAAAGAAAAAAACAUGUUUGAAAUGCAAGAGAAAGGCCAAUAUGACUUAGGAAUAUAGCCGCAAUUUCGACAGUAUAUGUUCAAAGUUUUAGACUGAUCUAAUGAACCAUUGCAUUCUGUUCAAAAUGUUAUCAAGACUGCCCAAAUGUGCCUAAUUGGUUUAUUAAUACAUUUUGAAGUUCAUAAUUGUGCACUCUCAAACAAUAGCAUGGUAUUCUUUCCCUGUAACAGGUACUGUAAAUUGGACAGUGCAGUUAGAUUACCAAAUGUAAGCUUUCUGCCCAUAUUAGAUAUGUCUAUGUCCUGUGAAUUUUGGUUACUUACAACCUCAUGCUAAUCACAUUAGCCUACAUUAGCUCAACCGUCCGGCAGGGGAUACACCGAUCCUGUAGAGGUUAAUUUGGCUACAAUUUGUUCAUCAAUGUUGAUUUAAUUAACUUGCUGGUGGUCCAAUAUGAUGCGUCAGCUUGCCUGCCUGUCGAUCUAUCUGCGACUACAGCUGAUUUUUCUCAAUGCUUUGUGCUGACCAGUGUUCCUACAGAAUGCCUUCUUGUUAUGCUAUUAAUGUACUUGAAGAUAAAACACUGGGAAACCUUUAAAAAUAACUGCAGUAGUGAAUAACACAUGGUAAGGUUAAAAGAAAGCCAUCAUGUUUAUUUGUACAACGGUUCUUGGCCAACAUUUCACGAGUGCAUAAAAUGUUUUAUGUCGCAGAGGGGCCAGGCUAUGGGUGUAGUCUAUACUCUUGUAUAAUCUUUACUGCAAAAUUCAGACAAAUACAUCAGUCUACACCAUUUAGGAAGAAAAAGUAGUGACCAAGAUGUUCGAUUUUUUUAACGAAUUAGAUAUUAUUAGUAGUAUCUUUGGUAGAGCACGCAUGGCUUGCCUCACUCCGUCUGACAGUCAAACAGUGAGGUUUUGAGACUGUUCAUGAAAGUAACAAAGUAAUAUAACGUUACUUUCUAUGCAAAGUAAUAUUGUAACAUUCCUUUUGUUACAUGUUCUUAUAACUAAUCACAACACUGCCUAGGACUAAAUCUUUCAAAAAAACAACAAAAAUCUGAUAAAUAAACAAACUGCAAAUUAACUUUUACAUUAUUGGGGUAAUUGUGUGAAUAUUAAACGUACAUAAUAUCGUCUUGAUUACAACUAGGGAAUCUGGAGGCACUGCAUUUCAGACAGGCAGAGGCACAGACUGACAGACAGGCAGGCAAAGGGACAGAGACAGGCAGGCAGACAGAUAUGCAGGUAGAGGAACAGACAGAGGCAGACAGAGGGCCAGACAGACUACAACAUUUAUUGGUAGUCCUGCUCACAUGUGCUGUAAUUCUGUUCUUGACAUAAUACUUCACUGCCCGCCAGUCCCGCUCUCUGAGGGCUUGUGGCACUGCCUUGAUGCAUGCAAGAGUCUGCAUUCCCUGGAGUAGCUCCAGAGUCCAUGAAUUGAAUAUAUGUUUCUUCCACUGGCCCUUUGUCCUCCUCACUCCACUUCCUCUUCUUAGAACCUUGGGACAAGUAAACAACAAUUAAAAAAUAUUUGAGGCAUUUUUGCUGCGUCACCAUACAUCAUGCUGUAUUUGAAUUCUAUGCAUGUGCUUUUGCUGCUUAACUGAAGUCAUGCGUUAUGUUGCAUGCUGUUUACAAACUGGAUACAUUUUUUUAUUUUAUUUUUUUAUUCAGUCAUUUAGCAGACACUCUUAUCCAGAGUGACUUACUUAGGGUUAAGUGCUCAAGGGCACAUCUACAGAAUUUUUCACCUUGAAGAUUCGAACCAGCAACCUUUUGAUUACUGGCUUAACGCUCUAACCACUAGGCUACCUAUCUCCCUUUAUUGUUCUGCGUCUCCUACCUCCACCCCAGUCUCCACCUGCUUUGGGUCUGCUCUAUCCCUAUGGGGAAUGUAGAUUAUUCUAUUCUCUACCUAUUUUUUUCAUUUAAUUGUGAACUUUUAUGGUGCUUUUGUUGUAAGGAGUAUCCCAAAAGGAUCAGAGUCCAUACUCAAUAUAUUGCCAUUUAUAUUUGAUUCAAUAAAUUGUUAAAAUGG